AUGGGAUUUUCGCUGUUCCCCGAAAACACUCAAGAACUGUGCAAGGAGUGGGAGCUGCGGUUCUUCGUCCUCCUCAGCUUGUUCCUCCAAUUGAUACUUGUGACUCAGGGCUUUCGGAGGAAAUCCAGCUACAAGUGCUGGAUCCGAGUCGUGGUCUGGACGGCGUACCCAUUGGCUGACCUCAUCGCAACCCUCACGCUCGGCGUCCUCUUGAACCGCCUGGCCACUAUCAAGGAAACGAAGGGGACGAUUGAUCCAAAGAGCCAUAUCGCUGCUUACUGGGUGCCGUUCCUUCUCCUCCACUUGGGUGGGCCUGACACGAUCACCGCGUAUGCCCUGAAGGACAUCGAACUGUGGUUGAGGCAGUUGGCGCGGCUUUGCGUCCAUGUUGGACUAGCUUGUUACGCCUACUUUGUAACCUUCUCAGGGUCUACGCUCUCGAUAUUAGCAGCUGGCGUGAUCCUGGUGGGGUUCAUCAAAUAUGUAGAGAGGACAUUGUGUUUGUACUGGGCAACCGAAGGUCAACUUCGAGAUUCGAUGCUUUCACUUCCUGAUUUCGAGUACCCUCUGAAGAAGGAGGAGGGUUACCGACUCAGCAUUGACGAGGAGAGCGGUCAAGCCAUCGACAAAGAAAAGGACAGUACUCUGGUCAAAGCGUAUGAGUUGUUCAAGAUCUUCAAGCCUCUCUUCGUAGGCCUCAUCCUUAGCUCUGGCGACCUGGAGGCCAGUAAGCGCAUGUUCAUGAAUAAAGCCAUGGACUCAGCAACAGCUUUUAGCAUAGUAGAGAUCCAGCUCGGGUUCAUGUACGAUCAGCUCUUCACAAAGGCACUGUUGCUGACCCGUGCUUGGGGCAUCAUUCGUUGGGUCAUUAAUCUCUCGGUGCUGUGUGCCGUGUUGGUAUUCUUCUCUUUACAGGAUAGGAAGGAUUACCCCAAAGUCGACGUCUAUAUCACCUUCUUGCUGAUAGGUGCGGCUGUACUUUUAGAGAUUUACUCAGUUCUUCUCGCAAUUUCAUCCGAUUGGGUCAACCACUGGCGUCUUCAGAGAUCUGGCGGAUCCGCAAUAUCAUCUGCCGUGGCUUUUCUCCAGAUCUGCCAGACCCCCAGAUGGUCGAAUUCCGUGGCCCAGUUCAGCCUCUUGAAAUUUUCUGUCGGGAAAAGAAACAGGAUCUUCAGCAAGUAUCUGAGGCUCACCAAGUUAGAUGAGGAGUUGGAGAAGAACUUCUACAUUGAUUACAAAGAGUUCAAGAGCAACAUCAAAGAAUGGACCUUCGAUCACAUGAGGGAUACGGUCGAUUUUCUGUUUCAGGACGCCAGAGUGAAGAGCGGGUCCAUGAGUCUUAAGCUGGAGGCUCUGAAGAGUUCAAAAAACGAUCACCUGGACUGGAGUGUGAAGGGUAUGGAGUUCGAACGGAGCAUCCUCAUCUGGCACAUCGCCACUGAGCUCUGCCACUACAAGGACCACGACAAGAGGCGGAGAGAAAGCCCGGAAAACAUCAAGCACUACAAAAUGAGUAGGUUGGUCUCUCGGUACAUGCUGUAUCUUUUAGUAUAUCAUCCUUUCAUGUUGCAACCAGGGAUACACGCGCCCCGAUAUACAGACACUUUGGUUGACGCUCAGAAGUUCUUCCAGGACAAGCUAGCAGUGUUGUCAAAGAAAGAAACAAUCAUCAACUUAUCAGUUGUCAAGACGUGGGCGCAGAAUUUAUUCGAGAAAGAGAAAUAUGGCCACACCGGAGUUAAAAGCUGCAACAAGGCGCACAAGUCAGCAGAGUCGCGCGAUCUAUGCGAACUCGGCCAUCUUCUGCUCCAUGUGGGAACUCAGCUGCCCGCCGAGAAAAUAAGAAGUGCCAAAAGCAGGUCGGUGCUGUUUGACGGGUGCCAUCUCACGUCCCAGUUGAAUGAAAUCGAGUCGAAAGACUUCGGUAGGAAAUGGCACGUGAUCGGCAAGGUCUGGGCGAAGUUUCUGAUAUACGCGGCUUGCAAAAGCAAAGGCUACGAACACUGUAAGAACCUGAACAAUGGAGGAGAGCUUAUCAGCCAUGUUUGGCUUCUAAUGGCGCAUCUCGGUGUAGCGGAGCUGGUGCAAACUUCCGAAGGACAAUGCAUUACCAAACUGAUCUUGGAUUAG